AUGUACAUAUUGCAUCUGUUUUGCGUGGAUUUAAUUGCAGACCGUUGUCUUUGUUCAGGGUUCGAGGACCUCCACGCUUGUGCUGAUCCAGGAAUCCCUGAACAUGGAUACAAGACCCCCAGUUCUGGCAUUUUCUUUGAAAGUUCUGGAGUCCGAUUUCACUGCCAAGAAGGAUACAGACUUGAUGGUCCUUCAAAAAAACUGUGUGAGAGACAUUUUAAUGGCUCCCUGAGCUGGAGACCAAGUGAUAUACCCGUGUGCCUACGAGGUGUCACAGAUUGCCUUGUUCCACAUGUUGAAGAUGCAGAGAUUCAUAACAAGACAUACAGGACUGGAGAUCAGUUAAUAAUCAGCUGUCAUGAAGGAUUCCAGAUCCGUUACCCUGACUUAGACAACAUGGUUUCAGUAUGUCAAGACGAUGGAACAUGGGAUAAUCUGCCCAUUUGCCAAGGUUGCCUGAGGCCACUGGUUCUUCCUCAUAGUUACAUUAAUAUAUCUGAGUUCGAGUCCUCCUUUCCAGUAGGAACUGUGGUAUAUUAUCAAUGCUUUCCUGGAUAUAAACUAGAAGGGGCAGAGUUCCUUGAGUGCACGUAUAAACUUAUCUGGUCAGGUAGCCCACCUAGGUGCCUUGACGUGGAAGUUGGACUCUCAUAUACUCUGGGCAGAAGCAAGCCACAAAAGAUUGGGAUAAGCACCCAACACCUCCAAGAAUGGGUUCUAUGGUAUUUGGGGUCCUUCCAGUUUCUGUGGGGGAACAAUGAUCAAUAGCAUUGUAGGACCCCAGCUGACCAUUUCAUUUCAGAGCUGUCAAGGAGGAGUGCUUUAAGUGGAGCACAGCACAGUUUUAAACUUUCAUUUUUCAUUUUCAUUUUAGAAUUCAGUUUUUAAACUUCCAUCCACAUUUGAUUAUUUUGCCCUAAGUGACUUAAUGAAGGAGCAUCAGACUCUAAGGAGAUCUCUUUCCAACUAUAAUUCUCCUUUCACAUCUGUUAUUCUGCAGCUCUCACUGAAUGUACCAACCCCACUUUGCAAUGUACCUACCAUAUAUUACAACUAUCUUUGUAUUAUAAUGUACCCAGCAACAUUUUUCAUGGAGGAGAUAUACAA